AUGGCAUCUAGUUACACAUCUUCGCCGCGCUACAUAAACGACGAUGAUUUGGACGACGAUGACCUGUUUGAUUUCGACGAUGAUCGAGAUUUUGAUGAUAAUUGUACUGAUGAAGAUACUGAAGAUGCCAGUGAGACUGAUAUGGCAAAGCAGCAAACAGAAUAUACAGAAAUCAAAGAACAGAUGUACCAAGAUAAGCUUGCUCACUUGAAGAAGCAGCUGCAACAAUUGCAGGAAGGCACUUUACCAGAGUACAUCAAGAAACGUCGCAAGAUUGACCAGCAGUUCAAGGAACGCAUGAGAAUCAAUGAAAUUUGGAGGGAGUAUGAGUUGGAGGUUGUUGAUAAGGACUACAUCAUAGAAAAGAAAAUUGCAGCAAAGGAUUUUGAAGAGAAGAAGAUUGAUCUGAAGGAACACCUAAUUGCUGAUUAUGAGGAGAAGAAAAGAAAUAUUGAGAAUGAGAGGAGUUCUAUUGACUUGAUGGGAGGAUUCCUUUUGUCAGACUCCAUGGAAGUGAAACCGAUUACUACAAGAAAACUACGGAGACGACCAAAUGACCCCAUCCCUCUGCCAGAGAAACGGCGAAAGCCUUCACCUGCUCAGCUGAACUUCUUCCUCAGCGAAGAUGAUAUUAUGGAAGAUCUGCGUAUCAUUAACAAGGUCAGUGGGAAGCCCAUCAGCAAGAAGUCCAGCUUGGUGCAGAGUCCUCUGGAGGGCGCAAUGGAGGCCAGGAUUGAUGAUGGACGCCUCUACUAUGACAAGCGCUGGUUCCACAGAAACCAACCUGUGUUUGUGGAAUGCCGUGACAGUCCUAACUUUAAUGGUGUGAUCACAGCCAUCGGUACCCAAGAGAUUUAUGUACGAAAGAUUGAAGACAACUUCAAGAUCCGAAUCUAUGUGUCACAGCUACAGAAAGGGCGAUAUAUGUUACGACGGCGGUCGACGUGAUGACCUUUUCUCACCCGUGUUCUUUUGUAGUUAUCUCCAAUAAAUGAUUGUGUAAAUAC